AUGAACUCUACAACUUCAAAUAAUGAUUCUCGUUUACGUUCAGCAUCAGCAUUUAUAGAUUUCUUGACAAAAUUGGAAUAUCCUAAUGUUUCAACUUUACAACCAGAACAAAUAUUAUGGGCUUUUGAAAGUAAAGAAACGCGUUGUUUACUUGACUGGCUAUGCGAGAAUAUCGAUGUUGAAAAUAAUUUAAUUGGUAUUAACGAAGGUGGUCUUAUUUCAACGGAGCUCGCAAAGAUCAAGAAAGAUCAUGAGGGCUUUGAAAAUGAAAUCGAUAUAUUACGAAAAAGGAAUGAUCAUGUAUCUAAUCACCGUGACCAACUUAAAUUGACAUUAGAAGAUUUGGAAAGUCAACUCACAGACCUAAAAAGAAUCAAUCGCGAUUUAGAUGAGCGGAAUAAAAAUGUUGAUUUAUUGAUUCAACAAGAGUCCAUCAAGCUUGAUGUUGAGACAAUUGCCUUAUCCUGUGCAUUGUCUGAAGUAUUAUCUGAAAGAGAUACGCAUGAAGAAAGUGGAAAUACGAAAAAUUUUAUAUUCCAAUGCACAAACGAUAUCCAGGAUAUUGUAAAAAUUGAUCAAGCAUUUUCAUAUGAACUUGAAAGAUUCUGUGAGAGCCUAUUUCCACAAAAUAUAGAUGAAAUAUUCGAUCAAAAGGCUUUACGUGACGAAAUAAAACGCCUAAAAUCACUUUGCCCAAAAACUGAGCUUAAAUAUAUUGAAGCGAUUACUCGUCGCGAAUAUAUGUCUGUAUAUUUACGAACACUUGAAAAUGAUGCCUUAGGAAUAGAUUCAUUUAUUCCUGAUUUCAAUAGUUUAGAAUUAAGAUAUGAACAAUAUAUAAGCGAUAGCUCUAUAAUGAACCAACAGAUCAAGUCGAUUUUGACUUCAAGAAUUGAAGAAUACUUAAAAAAUCUUGCAGAGUUGCAAAUUGAAAAUCCGCUAUUGAUAGCAGAUUAUACUAUCCAAUCAAAGUAUCAAAAGUCGUUAAUAGAUAGAUUUAAUUUGGUAAACGAUAUUUUGUUAUCUCAAUAUGCGCGUACUCAAUUCAUCUCUAAAGCUCUUAAUCUUGAGUUGGAUGAUCAAAAGGCCGUCCAUAAAUUGUUUUCUGAUGUUACAAAUGAAUUAGAACAUCGUAGGAAUUGUGUUGUUGGACAAAAAAUGCUCAUGUCUGCAACUGAUUUUGUCGAACCAAAAGUAGAAAAGACAGUUGUAGAAAGUAGUGAUAAUUUAUUAUUAUCCAUGAACAGAUUAACGAACUUGGAAAUGUUUCAACCACGCAGUUCUUUAAAAGAUUUAGAAGGGCAAUCCACUCCUUUUAUUACAUACGAAUCUUUAAAGGAAAAGAUUGCUGAAAUCAACCAAACAAGAAACAAUUUAUUUUCUAGAGUGAACGAAGAAUUAGAUGCACAACAAGAAUUCACCAAGUCCUGUGAGGAAAUUGAACAAAAUUUGACUUCUAUACUUUAUAAAGAUUCCAAGACUAUGGAGCUUUUAUUUACGCCCAGAGAACUUUCGGACAUUCAAGUUUCUUUACUUUCAAUAGCCAAUCGUUUACAACCAAAACUGAAUCAAAUUUCUCAGAUUUGGCCACGGUUCAUCCUAAAAUAUGAAAUUAUGAAAACUCAGCGUAAAAAGUUAAUAUUAACAGAAGAGAGUACCUUUUCAUUAUUUCCGUUCGGUGGCGGUGGUCGCACUGGUAGUUUCGGUGGGCGAAAAGACGCGUCAGCCCCUUUUCAGGAAUUGUAG